GCCCAGGGCGGGGACCCCGCCGCUGCUGUAGCCAUGCUGUAGCCGUGGCGUGGCAUGGCGACGCCCCGCGCCCGCCCGUAUGCCUAGUAUGCUCCAGUGGGUGCUGCUGCUCCUACUGACCGGCGUGUCAUUCGUUGGGUGUAUGCCCAGGGGCGGGGCCGGGCCCAGCGACGGCGCCCCCUCCAACAUCACCGUCAUGUUCCUCAGCCACACCUCGGUGCACGUCAACUGGACCGUCAACAUGGACAACGUCGAGAAGUACGACGUGACGUACAAGCCGACCGAUGCGAGCUUCAAGGUGGUCAUCGUGGUGGCGGGCAACUCCGAGUCCGUCGUCCUGGACCAGCUGCUGCCGGACACGCAGUACCAGAUGUGGGUGCAGGCCUUCCGAGCGGGCAGGCGGUUUCGCUCGCGGCAGAUAGUGUUUCGCACCCUGGCCGACCCCGACGCGCCCCAGGUCACAGGGGUGCCCUUCCUGGGGGCACCCAGACCCGCCGGGGUAGGGGGCGCCAGCGCAUCGUCGCCGGGCCAGGGCGGCUCGUCCAAGGCCAACAAGAGCCCUGUCAUACCCCCCAACCCCCCCGUGCCUCAGGAUUUCAUUCAGGUGUGGUCCACAGUCCGCGGCGUGGAGGUGGGCAUCGUGCUGCUGGUGCUGCUGGUGUGGGUGGGCGCCAUCGUGCUCUUCUUCAACCGGUGGGGCAAGAUCCGCAUGCUGCUGCCGUACCAGCCCGACUACAAGGAGCAGCUCAAGGUGCCGGGCACGGGGGCCUGCGGGGGCGCGAGCGGGGCGCCGUGCGCCGGGCAGCAUGCCACCUCGUGCUCGCAGGACAAUGCGGAAAGGCUAAAGCCCGUCUGCACUCGACAAGCAGAGUUCCCGUUUCUCGGCCGGCACCACCUGCACUGGCCCGCGCACUGCAGCGCGGACGACGCAGACGAGUCGUGGCUGCGCACGAGGUCCUCCAUCCAGAUCCACCGGCCGCUGGCGCCGCUGGUGCGGUCGCGAGGUAGCGUUUCUCGAGAUGCCUGCGUGGUCUUAUGUAACCAGCAAAUUGUGGUUGGCAAGCAGAAUAUGGAAACAAAACAGGACUGUAUUGCUUAG